ACACUGCUGACGUAGCGUCUGAAAUAUUCCAGGUUCAUGCCAUGAGUGAGAAUUACGUCCAUGCGGCCGAAGAGAUCUUGAAAGCGAAGCAAGCCGAAUUGUUGAACAUGUUAAAAAUUGAGAAGAAGCGUAAAGGUGUAUCUUUCGUUCAGCCGUUGCGAAUAUCGGCUGUGCUCGAAUUCGUCCGUGAUGGUCACAGACCGAGAAGGCGUGUUGAUUUUACGGAUGAUGUUGGCUCCGAUCUGUUGCUGUUUCAACCAAAAGCAACGCGAACAGAAGAUAAUUGAUCUAUCUUUCGUCUGAAGUUCUUACCGUGUUUGGCAAUGACGGGGUUUUAAAUCGAUCACUUUCUAAAUUAAUUUGAGUGAUCCUCGUUCCUGCAGAUGCAACUCAAGUCAUCUUGAGAAAGUAUUGCUUCGUGUUGAACUUUCGUGUCGUCACUUGUGAUGAUUUCAAAGCGUGUUAAUCCGUUGUUCAGAAUGACCGCGGUCCGAAGAGUUUCAUGAUUUCGAAAGAUGUGUUCGAUGUUCCUUGAAUUUUUUUCAUGUUGCAAUUUUCUGCGAAUCAAUGAUUUUUCCCGCUUUAGGCUAUUUGUAUUUUACGUAUUGUGUUUAAUGUGCAUUCCAAGAAGCAUUACGGUACCUUUUUUCCAGAAUGAGAGUUGAUGAAUUUACUUACAUGCCGUAUUUAAGAAUACAGUACAGUAUACGGGUUUUUGUGUUCCGUAACGUACGGUCUUCUACGUAAUCCUUAAUCCCUUAAAUCUUUUCCCGUCAAUUUGUUCGCCCUUCAUCGAUGUUCGGAGGAUCUUUUCAAAUGUAUCAAAAAUUCAUUUCGAAGUUGUUUCUUUUUAAGAAUUAAAUUAGGCAAUUUUUCCACUUCUUGUUUGGGAACUGUGGCUGAGGGAUAUAUUCUUCUCUGUUUCGGAUCGUGGUAUUCUGUUCUUUUUUCAGUUUUAUGGUUGAAAAUCUUGCGAAAUGUAUGACCUGAUCACAAUUUUUGCACGGGUUGAUGGCUGUUCUUCGCGCAUUAAAGUUUGAUUAUCGCUGCCUGAAUCGUUCCACAAGUUGAUGAUUCCAACUAUGGCAAACUUGAAAGAGCAAACUAGAAUCAUAGCAGAGAGUCGAAAUCAAGAAGGAAUCUGGUGGGCAAGGUUACUGUUCAUCAGUCCCGAACGAAGCACAAGUGAGAAAUCGUUGAGCUAGCGUGGCGUGACUGAUUAAGAAAAUAACCUCAAGAGCGACGUACAGUACUUUUUCUCCGCUGUCGUGAAAAUAAUUUGGUUUACAUUGUUGAGUUGAAAGAAUCGACGAUUGGAUGCAGACUUCCUGUAUGAUUAUCUUUUCUGGUCAUUUCCGGAACAGUAUUUGGUAUUGAACGAAAGCUUCUUUUUUUUUACUCUUCAUAAAAGGAUAAUCAGAAAUUGUCAUCUAAGGAUUGGUGAUAAACAUCAGUCAAGGGCUCAAGGCACACUUUUCGAAAUUUCAUUGACAAUCCUUUUGAUGUGUCGCGGUUUCUUGUUUUAUCACGAAAAGAGAUGUCCAAGGAAAAGGCUUUUGGUUCGAUUUACUCGUCAGCAUUCGCUGUUCCAAAAUCGUUUAUUUUUUUGUCGUUACCGUGUUGCCUCUUGAAAUUUGCUCGUCUUGAAGUCCAUUUCGAGCUUGGCUUGAUUAUUUUAAAUUCGUCCAGACAUAACUUACUCUGUGUCCUACAUAUUUUUCCAGGAAGGCUGAAUAUAAAACUGAAACCAUCUACCGCGUUUUCUUGUACUGGUGAAGAUCACUUUUAAUGGAGUCUGUGAUAACUCGAACUACAAGUUCCUUUAAUUUUAGCAAUUCACGCGACAGCCAGAUAUUUCAGAAAAAAUUCUUGAACUGAAAGUCUUCAAGCA